GCCCCAAAGGAUGAUUUUAUAUUGACCAUUGAUAGCGACUCAGAAACUGAACCUGUAAUUCAAGAUGAUUCCUCUGAUGAAGAAGAAAUAGAAAAACCAAAGUCUAAAUCAAAGAAACAAACAAAGAAAGUAGAACCAAAGCCAGAAGAAGAAGAAGGUGUUCCAGAUGAAAUAAAUCCAGAUUUCCAAUUCAGUAUGGAUGGGUUUGACACCACUACCCAAUUUAAUGGCUGGGAUUUCAAGAUAGAUCAAGAAAAUAAAGAAGUCGGGGAAAAACCUAAAGAUGUUAACCUUGAUGAAAUCUUAAGAAGAAAAGGGGGGUUGGCAAGCUUAGCAGGUCGUGAUGCCAAGGAUGUUGCAGAAGAGAAGGAAGAAGAAGAAGAAGAAGAAGAAGAAGAAGAAGAAGAAAAAGAAGAAGAAAAAGAAGCCAAUGAUGAAGAUGACGAAGAACUAGCACUCGAUGGCUUUGGUAUGGGUGUUAAAGAAGAAAGCAGUGAUGAAGAAGAUGAGGAUAAGGAUGAGGAUAAGGACGAAGAAGAAGACGAAGACGAAGGUGAACAAAUGGAAUAUCAAGAUGAUGGUAAAUCGGAAGAAAAGCCUGAAGACUCACCAGAAGAAAUAGCCAAGUUUUAUGCAACUAAAGAAGAUACCGAAAAUGCUGAAAAGCAAACCCACCAGAAUUUCCAAUCUUUGCAAUUAUCACGUCCUGUGUUGAAAGGUUUAGCCCAAUUGGGUUAUACAAAGCCAUCACCAAUUCAAUCUGCAUCUAUUCCAAUCUCUUUAUUGGGUAAAGAUAUAGUUGCUGGUGCUGUUACUGGGUCUGGUAAGACAGCUGCAUACAUGAUACCAAUCAUUGAAAGACUUUUAUAUAAACCAAGUAAAGUUGCCUCCACAAGAGUUAUAGUAUUAACUCCAACUAGAGAAUUGGCAAUUCAAGUUUGUGAUGUUGGGAAGAAAAUAGCUAGAUUUGUUAGUAAUUUAAAUUUUGGUUUAGCAGUUGGUGGGUUAAAUUUAAGACAACAGGAACAACAAUUGAAAACUAGACCCGAUAUUGUCAUUGCCACCCCGGGUAGAUUAAUUGAUCAUAUUCGUAAUUCUGCUUCAUUUUCAAUUGAAUCAUUAGAAGUUUUGGUUAUUGAUGAAGCUGAUCGUAUGUUAGAAGAAGGUUUCCAAACUGAAUUAACUGAAAUUUUAUCUUUAAUUCCAAAGCAUAAAAGACAAACAUUAUUAUUUUCCGCUACUAUGAAUACCAGAAUUCAAGAUUUAAUUCAAUUAUCUUUAGAUAAACCAGUCCGUAUUAUGAUUGAUCCUCCAAAAGCAGCUGCUUCAAAGUUAAUCCAAGAAUUCGUUCGUAUCCGUAAAAGAGAGCAUUUGAAACCCGCUCUUUUAUUCAACUUAUUGAAAACUGUUGAUCCAAAUCAACAAAAUCGUAUAGUUGUCUUCGUUGCAAGAAAAGAAAGUGCUCAUAGAUUGAGAAUUAUUCUUGGUUUACUUGGUAUGAAAGUUUCCGAAUUACAUGGUUCAUUAACGCAAGAACAACGUUUGCAAAGUGUUACUGAUUUUAAGAAUUUGACGGUACCAGUUUUAAUAUGUACUGAUUUAGCUGCUAGAGGUUUAGAUAUUCCUAAAAUUGAAAUUGUUAUCAAUUAUGAUAUGCCUAAAUCCCAUGAAAUUUAUUUGCAUAGAGUUGGUAGAACUGCAAGAGCCGGUAGAGAUGGUAAAUCUAUCACCUUUGUUGGUGAAUCAACCCAAGAUAGAGCAAUUGUUAAAGAAAGUCUUAAGUCGAUUGCCCAAACCGAAGAAGAAAAUAAGAAAAAUAAAAAAGCACAUAUCAAGGGAAAGGCUGUUUCUCGUAAUGUUGAUUGGAAAGAAGUCGAAAAUCUUAAUCUUCUUGUUGAACAAAAAAAUGACACUAUUCAAGAAGUCUUAGAUGAAGAGAAGGAAGAAAAAGAAAUUUUACAAGCUGAAAUGCAAUUGAAUAAGGCUUCAAACUUAAUGAAACAUGAAAAAGAAAUCAAAGCUCGUCCAAAAAGAACUUGGUUUGAAUCAGAAGAAGAUAAAAAGAAAAAUCAAACUCAAGUAAUGCAACAUUUAACAAAACACGGUAAGAAAGUUAACUCUAGAAAGAGAAAGGCUAUUGAAGCCAGAAAAGAAUCCGGUAGAUCUUAUAAAAAAACCAAAUCUGAUAGAUUGGCAUUCCAAGGUAAGUCUCGUAAUGUCAAAGUG